AUGGCUGCUGCUAGUAGAAGCACGUCGAUCCUGGUCAUCGGAGGAACCGGCUACAUCGGGAAAUUCAUCGUGGAAGCGAGCUUGAAAGCCGGCCAUCCCACCUUUCUCCUCGUUAGGGAAACCACCGUGGCCGAUCCCGUCAAAGGGAAGCUCGUCGACAGCUUCAAGUCCUCCGGCGCCACUCUGUUGCAUGGUGACCUCUACGAGCACGAGAGUUUGGUGAAGGCGAUCAAGCAAGCCGAAGUGGUGAUAUCGGCAGUCGGAAGCUUGCAGCUUGCUGACCAAACCAGGAUCAUUUCCGCCAUUAAGGAGGCUGGCAAUGUCAAGAGGUUCUUGCCGUCGGAGUUUGGUAACGACGUGGACCAUGUGACGAACGCGGUGGGGCCGGCCAAGACAAUAUACGACGCCAAGGUUGGAAUCCGGCGCGCCGUUGAAGCUGCAGGGAUACCUUACACUUACGUCCCCUCCAACUUCUUCUUCGCCGCAUACUGCCUCCCGGCGUUGGCACAGCCGGGGCUCACUUCUCCGCCCAGAGAAAAAGUCACCAUCUUUGGGGAUGGCAAUCCCAAAGCUGUAUUCAACAAGGAAGAUGACAUUGCUACGUACACCAUUCGAGCAGUGGACGACCCACGGACUCUGAACAAGACCCUCAUCAUCAAGCCGGCGAGGAAUGUCUACUCCUUCAAUGAGCUGGUGGCUCUGUGGGAGAAGAAGAUUGGCAAGACUCUGGAGAAAACCUAUGUGCCAGAGGACCAACUUCUCGAGCAGAUCCCAGAGGCUCCAAUUGUGGUGGACCUUAUACUGUCGAUCAGCCACUCUGUGUUUGUGAAAGGGCACCAGACCAGCUUCGAGAUCGACUCGGCGUGGGGAGUUGAAGCAUCAGAGCUUUACCCGGAUGUCAACUACACAACUGUGGAAGAGUAUAUGGAUCAGUUCGUUUAA